GUAGUACAAGCGACUGUAUCAGGGUGGCCACGUACUGCAGCGUUUGUGGACAGUGAUUCCAAGUUCCGCAUAUUCAGGCGUUUUGGGUUUCUUAGAACCCGACUCCUAUUAUAUCACCAAGAUAUUCUCAGCGAGAUGGAAAAUCGGUUAAACCAGAUCGAUGGUGAUGAUGACUCGAGAGUAACCACAAGACCCUAUCUCGGAAGUAGGCAAGCAGACGAUGCUAGAUAUUAUCCACAACGAAAGACACUCUUCAGUGAGCUCGGGGGAAGGCUCAAAAUAUAUGAUGAGCUCCUGAAAAGCUCCGCAGAGAUCUACCGUUUGGAAAAUGCACCCGAGCAUCACCGACAGUACGUCGCAAACCUGCUCUGGAAUGACGGGAGUCUGGACGUGCGGGACAGGGAGUAUAUCCAACACAAGGAUGAUUUGGUCUACUUCCAGGGCGAUACAGAAGACAGCUGGGUGCAUCUUUUCGUCAGCAAAAUCUUGAAUUGCUUUGGUCCAGCGGUGGAGAAAAUCUUUCGUACAGAAGUACAGGAAAGAGAACUGCUUGGUAACACUCUGAGCAUCGAGUUGUUCGAGAAGCGGCGUUUCGACGCCUUCGUCAACUUCCUGUUCACACUGGCGGUCGUAGCAUCGGUUAUGGGGCCCGUCAUGUUGUUGUACUUUCUCAGAAACCGCAAUGGAUAUAUUCAGAACACAACGGCAAUGGGUUGUACCGCUGCUUUCGCACUAUUGUGUGCAACUGCUACCAAUGCAAAAAGGCAUGAAGUCAUCGCUGUCACAGCAGCGUAG